CUCACCCCCCCCCCGUCCGCCCCGUCCCGGUGCGGCGCGGUCCGGUCCAGCCCAGCGGAGCGGCCCGCAGGCUCCCGUCACCUCCAGCGGGGCCGGCCCGUUGCGGCUCCGCCAUGGUGCUCAUCAAGGAAUACCGUGUUAUCCUGCCUGUGUCUGUGGAGGAGUAUCAAGUGGGACAGCUGUAUUCUGUGGCAGAAGCCAGCAAAAAUGAAACUGGUGGAGGUGAAGGAGUGGAGGUCCUGGUGAACGAACCCUACGAGAGAGAUGGGGAGCGUGGGCAGUACACACACAAGAUCUACCACUUACAGAGCAAGGUGCCAACAUUUGUGAGAAUGCUGGCCCCUGAAGGAGCUCUGAAUAUACAUGAAAAAGCAUGGAAUGCUUAUCCCUACUGCAGAACCGUUAUUACAAAUGAGUAUAUGAAGGAUGACUUCCUGAUCAAAAUCGAAACCUGGCAUAUAUCAGAUCUUGGAACACAAGAGAAUGUUCAUAAACUGGAGCCAGAUGUAUGGAAGAGUGUAGAAGCUAUUUAUAUAGACAUUGCUGAUCGGAGUCAAGUACUUCCCAAGGAUUACAAGGCAGAAGAAGAUCCAGCAAAAUUUAAAUCUGUCAAAACUGGACGUGGACCUCUGGGUCCCAACUGGAAGAAGGAGCUGGGCAAACAGACAGAUUGUCCAUACAUGUGUGCUUACAAACUGGUAACAGUCAAGUUCAAGUGGUGGGGUCUGCAAAAUAAAGUCGAGAACUUUAUACAGAAGCAAGAAAAGCGUCUCUUCACAAACUUCCAUCGGCAGCUCUUUUGCUGGCUGGAUAAGUGGGUUGAUCUCACUAUGGAGGACAUCCGUAGGAUGGAAGAGGAGACCAAGAGACAGCUGGAUGAGAUGAGAGAAAAAGAUCCGGUGAAAGGAAUGUCGGCUGCAGAUGACUAACAUGACUUCUUCCUGUGCACUUUUGCAAGACAGUCGUCAGGAAGGCCCAGGGAAUCCACACUGACUGACGGACCAUCUCUGGAUCAAGCCUUUCUCUACCCAACCGGCAGGCGAUUUUAAAUCUCCCAUAGCUAAUUCUAGAUGCCCCUUAAUAUUGUGAGCAAAUAGACCGUCUGGUACUAAGCACUCCAACGUUAGCACGUGUACAAAGGAGGCAGCUCCUUGGAGACGUGUGACUUAGAGAUCGCUGUAUUUACGGCUCCUCCCUCCUUUAUUUUCAUUGUGUUCAGACCAAUUUCCAUGUGGCCCUGUUUGAUUUCCAAGUGACAUUUUUAGCUAAAAUAGUCUUGUGAUGUGGUGACUUAGAUUUAUUAUUAUUUUUUCCCCUGUUUUUUAUGUUUUUUGGGUUGUUUUUUUUUCCAUGUGGGAUAAACUGCCACCUUUGUUCCUGCCCAGCCCUUCACCAUUCUUUGCACAGUCUGUUUGGAGAGGGGAAACUGUCAGUAUUUUAGAGUGCAGAACUAUUCCACAAAAUGCUAUGCUCUGACCCUUGCUCCCAGGGUAAGAAAUUUAAUGGCAUGUAAUCCGAAUACAUAAUCAGGAGUAGCCAGAUAUAGUUCUUGGUCUGUGAUGAAUUGUGAUCCGUGGCUUCUGCACGGCAUUACUUUGUUCUGUCUUAGCACACAUGAAUUAAAGGCUCUGCAGAAGCUACGUGCAGCAUCCCCGUGCUUGGGCCUUCAGCACUUAACUGUUGAGUCCCACUUUAGGGACAUGUGGUCCCUUUGGCCUCUGUUGCUCUGGUGUCCCUUCAGCUGCGUGUGUCACUUCUACAUAAUCAUUAUGGAAAGUUGCUUGGCACAUGUUGCAGCUUCUUCCUGGUUCUUUAUUUGCUAAAGCUUCCCAUAACUUACAAAGCUAAAACGAUUUUUGGCUCAAUAAUAAUAAUAAUAAUGUGAUUUCCUAGACAAAUUGGGAUGUAGCAAAAGCUGGGGUACAAGUAAAGUCUUGGUAUCUGAGUUCAUCCAGAUGCCUGGGUUGGCGGUUCUGCUCAGCAAUAAUAUUCUUCCCAUUGAAAGACUGACUAAAAUAUCUCCUUUCUUACUAUAAAAAAGAGCAACUUUUAAAGACCUGCAGUUGUUUUCUAGGGUAUCUGUUGGUUAUUAUAAAUCACAAAGGACGCUGUUAAUGGAAAGAGCUCUUGUUAUUUAAUGAACUUCCAAUACUUAUUGUAACUAUCCUUUAUGUUGAUAUCAGCUUUAGACAAUCAAAUAAGCAGAACAGAAUCAAAGAAAUGCUGCUUUAUUAAAUACAUAUGAGAAGAAACCCCAAUUUCCUUGCUUAUGCCUAAGGCCCAAUAUUUGAUUUAUCCUUUAUGUUUUCCUAGUAGCAAUCACUUUACUUUCCACUUCUGUCUUUGGCGGCACUAACAUGAAAUACCCAAUGCCAAGCACAGUCGUGGCUCUGUCACCACCUUUGAGGAGUCUUUGUGGCGUUGACUCCUUCAGCUCUUCACAUUCCUGCAAGCAGGAGAUCCUGACACGAUCCCAGUGAGGGAUCCGAAGUGUUUUCGGAGUGAGGGAAGGACGAGGUGUGCUCUGGAGGGGAGAGGAUGGUGCUUGGUUCCUGGGGGAAGGGGCAGUUUAUCCCUUUACUUUUAGUUUGUUCUGUUUGCCUUACUCAUGUCAAAGUGCAAUAAGCUCUGAAUUGUACCAGUAACUCUGGCAGGCUCCUCUCAGUGACCUCAGGUGGCUUUGUGGGGCAGGGGUGGGCUCUGAGGGGUUUUUAGCACUCUCACCAGGCACAAAUAAAACAGAUCUCAUGUCAAAUCCUUAAAAAGGACCCGCAUUUUAAUCCGUGAGGCUCUUUGGGACCAGGAUGGUUUCGUGGCAUCUCCUCUCGCUGUUGCAGUAUUCCAGGAGCAUAGGCCCCACUUGUAGUUCUUGGAGUUGUGAGUGUUUUGAACAGAGAAUUCAUGCACUGACUUCCGUUCCUGUUUGUCUGUUACGUCUCGAGGGAUUCUUACACUUGAGGAUAACCUGGGAAUACAACACAGCACGCUUGUUCUUUCAGGUCCUGUUAUCCAAGAGGCUUUCGAGCCAGUGACGCUAAUCGCGGUGGAAGCAGAUUGUAACAUUCCACCCUGCAAUCCCUUUCUGAUCCUCUGAUUUCAGAGUGAGAGCUUUUCCACAAAGCUUUCCUGAUUAGUGGGGAAAAAUGGGGGAAAAACCCAAGAAGCAGGAAGUCCAGCCUGGAUAUUUCCAGCUUUCCCUGUCCCUUUGCUUUCUGUCCUUCCUGUUAAAUCCAAAGUGGAAGCAUCCCUCAGCCUCGGGAUAGACAAAUCCUAUCACGACCUUCCCACCUUGAUGCGUGGUGAGUGUCUUUCAUCAGCUUCAGCAGGAACCCCUCAACCUGCCGGCUCCAUGAGGGGUUGUUGCUGGGCUGUUGGUCCAUUGUAAGGUGAUGGUUGGUUGGGGACCCCCUCUCUGCUCCACACUGGGGGUCCGGAGCCUGGUACCUCGCCUCGGGCUGGUUUGUCCAUCCCCACUGCACUGUUUCUGCUGGGUUCAUCAUCGUGCUCUUUCCUUUGGCAACACACACUUUGUAGGAUGGGUUAGGUUAAUCUCGUUGUUUCUUUAAAUGUGAGUUUGUGCCUUUUUUUGUCUCCUAAAUCUUCCAAUACAGGCAUAUUGGAAACGAAAUCUAAUAAAAUACUAGACAAGA